CAAGCGCAGUGCACACAUCCUGUGUAACAGAGAGGCAGGGCAUGGCUGACAAUCUGUUAAGCUGGUGUGUCGGCGAGCUGGAAAGUCGUUUUGGGCUGAGUGUCAGUGAGGAUAUCGUGCGAUACAUCCUAUCUAUUGACACAGAAGAGGAGAUUGAGGAGUAUGUCAAUGACCUUAUUCAGGGCUCUGAGGACAGGAAGCAGACAUUCAUCCGUGAGCUUAAACAUAGGUGGCAAAGAACCAAACAGCCAUCCAGCUCCAACUCCGCUCAGAUCAGUAGGAACUAUGAUGGCAAUUCUGAUGCAGAUUUUCUUUUCUUGCUGGGUACAGAAGUUUCUGAGUCACCGUUGGUAAUAGACCAGUCAAAAAGAGGUAGGCGUAAAGGAAGGAACAAGAUGGAGCCACUGCCGGUGCAUGCUUUGACUGAUACUGCUGUAGAAGAGGUAAAAACUCCUAUGGAUUUGGCCAAGGCUCAGGAGACAGCUUCUCUCUCAUCCUCUAAGAAAAAACAAAAGUAUGUCAACUUGUACACCAAAGAGGGACAGGACCGACUGACUGUGCUGAUUCCUGGGCGUCAUCCAUGCGAAUGCCUGGCCCAGAAGCAUAAGCUCAUCAACAACUGUAUGACAUGUGGUCGUAUUGUAUGUGAACAGGAGGGGUCUGGACCUUGUCUGUUUUGUGGAAGCUUGGUUUGCACCAAGGAAGAGCAAGAUAUUUUAAUGAGAGACUCAAACAAGAGCCAGAAAUUACGGAAGAAACUAAUGGGAGGAAAGAUGGAUGUAUCUUCAAAUGAUCUACUCCCUCAUCAAGAAGUGCGGAUGAAGGAGGGUUUGGACAGGGCUUUGCAGCAUCGUGACAAACUUCUGGAGUAUGACAAGACUAGUGUACGGCGCACACAUGUGAUUGAUGAUGAGUCCGAUUACUUCUCCACUGAUUCCAACCAAUGGUUGUCCACGGCAGAAAGGGAGACCCUUCGUAAGAAAGAGCAAGAGCUCCAGGAACUGCGUCAUGCUUCCCGACUCUCUCGUAAAAUCACAAUUGACUUUGCGGGCCGUCAGGUUUUUGAGGAAGGAGAUGAACUCGCUGAAUAUCACAAGCGAUUUGAUGAGAAUGUGCAUGCUAUUAACUCUGGGACAAUAGUGAAUCCAGUGAAAAAACCAGGAGAGAAUCGGUGUGAUUCCAUUCUUGUGAAUCCCAGCUUGAUGCUGUCACCGCCUGUGUGGAUGGAUCAGCUGAGUGCAGGCUCUAGCAGAAGACAGACAUUUGUAGAAGCUACAGCAGAGAACACGGAACGGAACAGGCUUCGAAUACAGGACCGAGAAUUGCAGGAGAUCGGUGACCAGGGCAUGUGUCUAAGCAUGCAUCAGCCCUGGGCAUCUCUUCUAGUCGCAGGCAUUAAAAGGGUGGAGGGUAGAACGUGGUACAGUGCUCAUAGAGGCCGUCUGUGGAUAGCAGCAGCUGCCAAAAGACCUUCUCCGCAGGAGAUCUCAGAGCUUGAGGCUUCAUACCGAGUGCUACUUAACAAAGAUAUUCAUUUUCCCAAGGACUAUCCGACUGGCUGUCUGCUGGGCUGUGUAGAAGUGGUUGACUGCUUGUCACGAGAACAGUUUCAAGAACAGUAUCGAUCUCUUAACCAAGAAUCAGCAUCACCCUUUGUCUUCAUUUGUACCAACCCUCAAGAACUGCCAAUAAAAUUUCCAAUGAAGGGACAACACAAGAUUUGGAAACUGGAUUCUAAAAUUCACCAAGGGGCCAAAAAAGGGAUACUGUUCAGAAAAGAGAAGAUGGCACAACCAUGAAGCCAGCAUGUAGAAGCAUUCAAACAUCUGCAAAUAAAGCAACAAGAUGUUGGUUAAUAAAUAUAGCACUCAAUGCUGUAUUUACACCUUGCUGGACCAAGUGCAAAUAAACCAACAGAAAAAAA